GUCUGGGGACACAGCGCGGUCUGUCGUCCCACCGCGGCCCAUUCACAGCAAUGACAGGUGCCAUGGGAAGUAGGUCUAACAGGUACAGCAUUGUGUCAGACAUCAUACCGGAGGAGGAGCUGCAGAAGAUUUCCAGCCUUGCACUCUACAACGGUCACAGUUCUGCCAACGUGAAGGAGCAGAGUGACGCGGAAAGAGAGGACGGCAGAAGGAGGCCCGGAGCCUCCACCGUGGUGCCCGGCUCCAGUGGAAAAAGAGGCAUGAGCAACUACAACGGGAAGGUCCUGACAAGGGGCUCCAGCCAAGUCCGGAGCCGUUUUGUGAAGAAGAAUGGCCAAUGCAACGUGGUGUUCACAAACAUGGAAGACAAGAGUCAGCGCUACCUCGCCGACAUCUUCACCACUUGCGUGGACAUCCACUGGAGAUACCUACUGCUUAUAUUCUGCACCAGCUUCCUGAUCUCAUGGCUGAUCUUUGGUGUAAUCUUUUACAGUGUCGCUUUUGCACACGGGGACUUUGAUGAGCCCAAUAAUCAGAAAUCUAAUGUGCUGGUGGCAGGAAUGUAUGGAGCCUCCUCUGGGCACGCAGUCGGUGGGCAGACACAAAGGAUGCCCUGCAUACUGCACGUUCAGGGCUUUGUUGGGGCGCUCCUCUUCUCCAUGGAGACCCAGACUACUAUUGGCUACGGCUGGCGCUGUGUUACAGAGGAGUGUCCUCUGGCUGUGUUGACAGUGGUUAUACAGUCCAUUGUUGGUUGCAUCAUUGACUCCUUCAUGAUUGGCACCAUCAUGGCGAAGAUGGCACGGCCAAAGAAGAGGAACCAGACCCUGAUGUUCUCCAAAAACGCUGUCAUUGCUCUUCGCGAUGGCAAACUGUGUCUGAUGUGGCGGGUGGGCAACCUGCGGAGGAGCCACAUCGUGGAAGCUCAUGUCCGUGCGCAGCUCAUACGAUCAUAUGUCACAGCUGAGGGUGAGUUCAUCCCUUUGGAACAGAUGGACCUCAACGUGGGCUAUGAUGAAGGCACAGACAGGCUGUUUUUAGUGUCUCCACUGGUCAUAGUCCAUGAGAUAGACAAGGAUAGCCCCUUAUACACCGUGAGCCGAGCUGAUCUGGAAGCAGACGACUUUGAGAUCGUUGUGAUCUUGGAGGGGAUGGUGGAGGCCACAGCCAUGACCACACAGUUCCGUAGUUCUUACCUCGCAAGAGAAAUCUUCUGGGGUCACAGGUUUGAGCCGGUGAUCUACGAGGACCGGGACAGCUACAAGGUAGACUACGCGCGAUUCCACAAUACCUACGAGGUCACAUCAACGCCCCAUCUCAGCGCAAAAGAGCUCGAUGAAGCGGCAAGCCGAGAGUCCUCCACUGCAUCUCCGGCAUCAGCACAUAGGUCUACGCAAGAUUUGAUCCCGCGGUCUCUGACCGCCUUCUGCUACGAGAACGAGGUCGCGCUGAGCUGUGCGGAGGAGGAAGAGGAAGACAUAUUUGACUCCACACAGAUGGUAGGGAAGGACAGGGCAGAGGAGAGGAGGACUUCUGUUGACUUUCAAAGCAUGUUUCAUGACACAGCAACCAUAACCUCAGGCAGUCACAAUGUCAUGUGUGUUCUGGACAUGGACAAUAACCAGAUGGAGUUUGACAUCCUACAGACUGCGAUUCCUCUCGAUCCAGUCAGCUAUAAGAGUGAGCAAGAGGCCUAAAGAGUGGGAGCUUGGGUUAUUUGUCCAGAAAGUUGGAUGUCUGUUCAGCUUACAUCAGCAAGAACAAAAGCUGAAGCUCAUUUUGCCUUUCCAGUGCUUUCUUUCUUUCUUUUCUUUUUUUUAAAUUUAUUGUUAUUGUCUUUUCACAUAUUGUGUUAAAAUUUCAGCAGUAUAGUUUUUCCAAGACUGCAAUGCUUGGAGGGCCAUAAUGAUCAAGGAGACUGAUUCAGCAUGUGGACAAAAUAUCUCUGAUGAAUUUAACUGAGUUCAUCACCAAAUGAAAGCACAAGCAUGUUAAGACCAAGAAUUUAAAGUAUACUUUAGAAUGUGUGUGUGUUUCAAAGUUACCUUUGUAUAAAAUACUUUAUUUGAAAUGCAACUAAAAGAUUUUAGAAGAAAGCAACUGAUUUAGUUAAAAUUUCUCUGCAUUGUACUGAAAAGCUUACAAUUUCAGGGGGCAGUUCUGACUACAUCCCUGAAGCAACUUAGCCAUUUAAGCAGAUGGGUUUAUUUGCAUUUCUUAAAUCAGCAGUUCAGGUUGUUCUUCAGUGGAGUUGUGUGGAAUAAUUACGACCAGUCACAAUUUAACCUGGCGCAGCAGUCACAGCGAUCUGAGGAGCUCAGAUAUUCUCCUGUUAGAGUCAAGCUAACAGCAACUUAGAUAUUAGCCAACUGAAGCAAUGCUGCAUUAAAAUGACACACCAGCUCAGAAGGAUAUAAUACUUAGAUAUUCUUCAGUUUUGUUUUUAAAACUUUCUUGCAAAUUUGCAAAACUGAUUAUCCAUUUAGCCUCACAUCUGCCAACCCAGACCUCAACAUCCAUAAUGGCUGCCAUGCAUUUCUCACAAAGCAAUUAUUGCAGUAGUAAAAAGUCAAUUUUCUCUUUUGUCACUCUUGCAAUUUUUUCUCCAUAAGUCAUUUACCAUUCUUAGCGCUGUACAUAUUCUGCUGUUGAACGCUUUGCUGCAGUGUUUGUCAUUGCUUGUAUUGCUAAUAGUAGUUAGCUUCAGGUAGGAAUUAUUAUUAGAUUUACCUUGUAAAGCAUUAAAAUUAUCUUUGUAAUAUUUUGUAUGUGCACAAACUAUUGCUGUUUAUGCCUGAUCCUACAAACUCCUCUGACUGCUGUCUAGUGCAGGGAAGCUAAUGACUGCUGCUAGCUACUCCACGGUGCCCCACACAAAAACAAGUGAACAAACUUCACAUCUAACACAGCUUUUUUAUUGCCUGUUUUGAAUUUUCGCAAAAGACCCUGCAUUUCAAAUGUUCAGUGGUUAAAUUGACUUUUAUGUAAAAUAAAAUGUAAAUUAGAUUUCAGAUUAUAUGAAGACGAAAACAGAUUGAUUUGCUACAAUUGAAAAUAAUCAAAGUAGGAGUUUUUUUUUUUUUUGGUUGAUUAUUUGCUUGGUUGCAUAUUUAGUUGUGCUUUUCCAGCUUUGUUUCUAGCGAAAGUGCGAUGAGGGAAGUGGCUUUAAGUUGAAUCUGUACUGUUGCUGUUUGCCAAACGUCUGGAGUUUGGAGGGGAAAGGCGGAGGAGUGCCUCUGAUCCCAUAUGCAAGUAAUGUAGAGAACAGGGCAGUUUAAGUGUACUUGGUGUCUGUGACGGCAGGCAGGGUGAAAGGUCGCCGCGAGGCCCGAACAGGAAACAAAAGGGUUGAAGGCUGCUGGUACAGUCAUCGGACAUGUUCAGCAUGUCGCUGGAUUUGCACAGAGAGGAUUAAUUCAAGAGUAACUGAAUGUCAUGGGAAGUGCUUCGGUCUGAGUUGGUGCAAUGACUGUAUAAUAGAUGAUAUUACAGGAUGACAACUCCUCUUAAAGGGACAGGAUGAUGAGAGGUUUGGAUGCUAUAUGUGAUCUAAAUCUGAUUUUAGGGACUUUGUGUAUAAACGAUUGUUUGUUAAGGAUCAGAAGCCAUUCAUAUACAUAUACGUAACAAAAAAGCAAGAAAGCUGGUUUGCAUUUGAAAAUGUAAACAAGAACAAAAUUAUGAAAAAAAAAGAAAUAAUUAAAAGAAAGUUGGAAAAGAAAAACAAAACAUGAAAGAAGUUCAAUUUGACAUUUUAAUCAUUUCAGGAUGUCUUUACCAAGCAGCUCAUUAAACUACAAAAAUAUCUGAAAUUGAGUUUUCCCAUUUGUACGGAAGCCUGUAAAGGCCAGCAGUUACGUGGGGAAAAAAAAAAUUAGGACACCCUACAUGAAAGAACUGUUGGAAUAAUGUUCUAUGAGUAGAUGAGUGUGAAAUGAACUAUUUGAACACAAGCAGCGGACGUUAACCAGAUGUAGAAACUUCACACCAACUGUGAAGCACGGAGGUGGAAGAGUCAUGGUUUGGGGGUCGUUUGCAGCGGCAGGAUCGGGUCAUGCAGAAUCCACCAGGACUUCCACCGUGCAACAGGAACAUCUGUGAAAACACGAACGGAAAAACAGAAGAGUGGCAUAAAAAUGACCAAAAAUGAACCUUAACGAAAAGAGUCAAGACAGCAGAAAGUCAAAAACCAGACACUGAGAUUAUUAAAAUGCUGUGGACUAAGUAGCUUGUCAAGGUAGCUACAAAAAGACGGGGUGUCCUAACUUUUUCUUUCUCUAGAAAAUAUCAUUUGUUGACAUCUCUUCACUUUACCAGGUAAAUUCGUUAGAAUGUAUGCUGAUUUGUAAACAAUUCCCUGAAAAUGUACUAUACCCAAAAACUGCGUUCAAUCACUGUGGUUGUCCUAAGAUUCAAAUUACUUUCACUUUCUGUGUGAGACUUUUUUCUGCUUUAAAGGCAAAAACGUUGCUUUAAAUGAUCAAGUUUUUGUUCACACGUGCAGCAAGCAAAUGUAGCAUUGCCGCUUUACAAGAGACAGACUGUAAAUUGUAAUCUCAAAGAACUGAUUUGAAUCCUUUUCAAAAGUUUAACCACAUUUAUUUCCUUUUCUUUAUAGCAAUUAUAUGUCCUUGUAUUGAUUGAAGGAAAGUAUCAUCACCCAAAUCUGAGUAAAAGAUCUUAAUAGAAUAUAUUUUUUAUAAAAUAGCUGAAGUUUAAAUGUAAAAAUACAAGAAAAAACUUUAAGCAGAAGCAGAAACAUUUAUCCUUCAAUGGCACACUGCCAGUCAAAAGGUUUUUUUCUUUUUUAUAAAUGACAGAUCAAAAUUUAUCCGUCUGUACGCCUGUAUAUAUUUAUGUUAUCAUCCAUAUUUUUCUUACAUUGUUACAUUCUUCAUUGACUGGACAAGCAAAAGAAGAAACAGGUUUAUUUUUUUCCCCUCACCGCUUGUAUCACCCUCUUAUGGUGGCGCCCUGAGCGCUGAGCCAUAUCCCAUAAAUCAGAGCUACUUCUGAUGAUAUUCACAACUUGAUUUUAUGUUUAACUUUGUGCUUCCAUAAGAUGAACUCGGUCUAGAAAAAGAGAAAAAUGUAUGCUGUUUUGAGCUGUAUUACUUGACAUGUGCACAAUGGUACCAGGUUCUUCCCGAACCGUAAACCAAGCAGAUUCUUUCGUUACUCCUGUUAUUUCAUUUUCAGUCUCUUCUUGCAGAGAGCAUGGAGCACAACUGAAAGAAAAACGUAUUUUAUUAAUUUAUUUUAGGAACACCUGAAAUACAGAGCACUUUAAUUUUCCUUGUUCACCUUUGACGUUGUUAAUAAAUGUCUACGUUAUCCUAUCGCUUCGUUCUUUUUACAAAAAGUUUGGCUAAGAUAUUUAUGCUAUAUCCAACUCCAGCCACUAGAUGUCCCUGUGGUCGUUUUAACACUAAAAAAAAAAAAA